AUGCAGUCUGUCUCAGCCCUUCUGGCCACUCUGCUGCUGCUGCCGCUGUUGCUCCGAGGAGAGCCUGAGCUCAGCAGUGUGUCAGACUUGGUGGAUGAGAGUGGCGCCUGCCAGUGCACGGUCUACCUGCCCAAAAGCUCCAUCAUUCUGCAGCGGCUAGAGGAACUACAAAGUGCAAUGCAGGAGCUCUUCAGCAAGUAUGAGCUGAAGCUCUCCAGGGCCCGUGAGCUUGUGCAUGCCAGUGAUCAUAGACAAUCCCAGGCCCUGGAUGUGAUCGGCAUGCGAGAGUCCAGGAAUUCCAGUCUGGCUGUUCUCUCCUAUGAAAACUCAGUGUUUGACCAGCUGCACCUGGAGCUUGAAAGAAUGAAGAAGCUGGCAGGUCAGCUUAUGGCCAAGGGCAGAGUUAAUAAGGAGAGUGCAGGUCUCCUCCACCAGCUUAAUGACCUGGCGAUGAAUGUCAGCCUCGCCCUCAAGCUUCUGAGCAAUGCUGACCUGCGCAGCUUUGUUGCUCUCCAACAUGAGGUAGACAGUCUGGAGCAGCAACUAAGUGAGUGUGAGAGGGAAAAAGAGCACCAACAGACCUCCAGAUACACGGGUGCACACCAGCCUGCUGGUUCUUGUGUUCAUGGAGUCCUCCAGAGGGUCAGCAGGCCUCUUGUGGUGCAGCUCAACUGGAGGGGCUUACCGUACAAGGCAGGUGCCUGGGGUCAGGAUUCAGCCCCUAACUCAAACUCUUCCCUUCACUGGGUGGCCCCUCUGAGUAAGGAUGGCAGGUACUUUGACUACUAUCGACUAUAUGAGUCUUACGAUGAUCUCAUGCUGCUGCAGAAGUAUGAGGAGUUCAAGAUGGGCUAUGGUGAUGGCAGUGGCAAUACUGUGUACCAGAAUUUCAUGUACUUUAACUACUACCGCACUGCCAACAUGGCCAAGGUGGACCUUUCUUCCAACACCCUGGUGCUACAGCGCCCAUUACCUGGUGCCACCUUCAACAACUGCUUCUCCUAUGCGGGUGUGCCUUGGAUGGACUUAGAUUUUGCAGGUGAUGAGAAGGGGCUGUGGGUGCUCUAUGCCACUGAGCGGAGCAAGGGGAACCUGGUUGUGAGUCUUCUCAACACCAGCACCCUAGCAGUAGAGAGAACCUGGUAUACCAGCCAGUAUAGGCCAGGCCUGUCAGGGGCAUUCAUGGCCUGUGGGGUACUCUAUGCCUUACGCUCACUGAGCACUCGCCAAGAGGAGAUCUUCUAUGCGUUUGAUACUGCCACUGGGAAGGAGACCCACCUUAGCAUCCUGUUGGACAAGACGUUGGAGACGCUGCAUGGUAUCAAUUACUGCCCCAUGGACCACAAACUGUAUGUGUACAAUGAUGCUUUCCUGGUGAAUUAUGACCUCACCUUCCCAACACAGAAGCACAGGCUACAAAGACCGUUAGCCCAACGACCUGUCAAAUCCAGUAAGCUUUCCAGCCCUUGA